AUGGAGUUGUGUGGCCCCAGUAUGAAGGACAUCGGAGGCUCUCUGUGCCAGGUAGAGCAGCUGCCCUACCCCUGUGUCCCCCUGCCUGACCCAGGCAGUGCUGGGUGCCGUAUACAGGCUAAUAGACACCUCCACAACCACCACCUCAACCAUCAGCUCCAGUCCUGGGUGAGCCGGCCAGCCCCAGACCUAACCUCUACCCCAACUCCAACCUCCCGACACAGGGCCAACGGGGUGGUGGGUGCCUGGUGCAGCAGCCCAGAGUGUCCAGCCCCCCGCCUGGAUGAAGUGACUGAUCAGGCCUUGAGAGGGGCAGGGAUGGGGACAGGCAGGGUGCUGGUGACCGGGGGAGCAGGGUAUUUCGGGUUGAGGCUGGGGAGAGCUCUGGUCAGCCAGGGAGUGUCUGUGGUGCUGCUGGAUCUUCACAAGCCACAGUGGGAUACUCCAGAUGGUACUGUCUUCCAUCAGAGCGACAUCCGGGACUAUGAUUCUCUGUAUAAGAUCUGUGAGGGGGUCGACUGUAUAUUCCACACCGCUUCCUAUGGGAUGUCAGGCCCAGAACAGCUGAGGAAAGAGCAGGUGGAGUCGGUCAACGUCGGAGGGACGAACAACGUCAUUAAUGUGUGUGUGGAGAAGGGCAUCACCAGGCUGGUCUACACCAGUACGAUCAACGUGACGUUUGCUGGCAAACCCAUAGAGGAGGGCGACGAGGACUCAUUGCCCUGUGUGCCCCUGGACAUGCACAUAGACCACUACUCCAGGACCAAAUCUAUCUCUGACCAGAUGGUCCUAACAGCCAAUGGACGCUCACUCAAAGGUGGGGGUCUCUUGCGGACCUGUGUCCUGAGACCCUCAGGCAUCUACGGGCCAGAAGAGAGACGACACCUACACAGGGUUAUGGUGAAUGUGGAGCGCCGGUUGUUCAGUUUUAGCUUUGGAAACCGCCAGGCCAAGAUGAACUGGGUCCAUGUGGACAACCUGGUGUUGGCCCACGUCCUGGCUGCUGAAAGCCUCACACCCAAGAGGAACUGUGUGGCUAGUGGACAGGCCUACUUCAUCAACGACGGGGAAUCUGUCAACCUGUUUGAAUGGUUAACACCACUGUUUGAGAAGCUGGGGUACAGCCGGCCGUUGAUACACUUGCCUGUCUCACUGGUCUAUUCAGCAGCCAUUCUGAUGGAAUGUUUACACCUGGCUCUGAGGCCAAUAGUGGAGAUCCCUCUGCUCUUCACCAGAAAUGAGGUGAGGAACAUUGCAGUGAGCCACACCUUCAAGAUCGAGAAGGCCCGUCGAGACCUGGGCUACUGCCCCAGACACUACAGCCUGGGGGACUCAGUGGACCAGUACAUACGGUCCCGACCAUCCCGCUCCAGGCCCUCCCCCCUAGGCCCCUCUCAGACUGUUCCCCUGCUCCUGGUCCUUCUGCUGGUGUUGGGGUUCAGCCUGGCUGUCCUCCUGCUUUGCUCCUGGCUCUGGAAACACUAG